UAAAUAGAACGAAUAAAGUAGCCAUGACAACAAAGUAAUACACAAGUGUGUGAAAGAUGUCUAAGCUAUCACAUGGGCCGGCUAGCUGGCAUGUUCUAGGCAGCAAUGGCGCUCAAAGCUACCCUCUUGCCUUCUAUUCUACCACCUAUUCUAUCAACCACGGCCACGCUAACUCCACUGGACCGCCUAGUACCUUCAGACACAAGGGUACAGGUUAUGGGUCCAACUUCAGGCCUGCCCUCUCUUACUCUUCACAGCUGGACAGUCUAGAUAAUCCUGUCAUGGGGGAGCUCUUGAGGGCCAACUACCACACUCAUACUCAGAGUGAGUAUGCAGGAUACAGAAUGCCACAAGGAAGUGAUCCAUUCCCGGGGAAAGUGACACCCUUCAUGUCGGGGUACGCUCAUAAUACGCCCACAACCCUCCCCACUACUCGCCAGGUAGCUGGGUACCCACAUCAUGGUCUACACAAACAUCCUGUAGCUACAGAGAAAGCUAUGUCUACUGAAUACAACACACGAUUCCUCAGACAGCCAUUCAGAGAACAACAUGGCCCUAAUAGCAGUAGCCAUAGCAACAAAGAGGAGAGUGGGUUCACACACGCCCACACUAUUGAGCCAAUCACCUACCGCCCACACGAUAACCACACUGGAGAACUACCAGGUCAUGUGACAUGGCGACCAACCGGAUUCAGUCUCAUGAAGAGCAGCUUCAGACCACCUAGCUACAUGAAGGGUAGUGAACCUUUUGUUGUAGCUAUCUCUGGUACUGCUGAUCAUAGUAAUGGCUAUGUCAAGGGGAGCAAGGCAAAGGCUCAUGUACAACCUCCUGCUGCAGACAUGGUGGGGUACACGUGUGCCAGUCAAGUUCAUAAGAGUGUCGUGGAGAGAGUGCGUAAGGAGGAUCCAGCUGAGCACUCCAUCUUCACACAUCCAGACCAGUACACAAGUUACACACAGCAGAGCUUUGGUAGGGGAGGGCCAUCAAGAGAGGCAGGUCCUGCUAGAGUGGUGGGAGGGAAGGAGAUGUCUGGGUACUCUGAGAAUACUGUUCCUCUGGUGGAACCUGCUAACAGAGACAGUCAGAGAUUCAGCACCCACUACCAAAGCAGGUUUAGAUAUCCUGAAAGAGGUGCUCAUGUUGGUCACAGUGUGCAGCCUCUAGCCAACAAUGGCUUCUCUAAGAGCACUGCAGUACACAGCUUUGGAGGAACAGCCCCGUCACUCAGAGAGAUGGACCCUUAUGUAGCCAGGAGUACUAUCAAGAGGGACCCGUGCUAUGAGACUCACACUCACCAACACAAGAAACACUAACACUCAAUAACUCUGUGUUUGUAUGUGUGUAGUGCUAGCCCAUAAUUAAUUAUUACAAUAACAAUUAUUAUUAUCAUCCA